AUGACAGCAGCGCUCAUGGAUCUGGCAACUGUACCUCGACCUGCAAGUGAGAAGGUACACCUGGCAGUGGGGGAUGAUGUUACGCAGUGUCGGCUUACUCUCCGAUGGGCUUUGCACUUCAUCCCACCACAUAUGUUGUUAGUUCUUGUCCACAUCCACAGGCCAACUACCCCAACUGUAUUGGGAGCUUCAGUGGCAGCAAGCAAGUUGACAGAAGAUCAUGUUAGCGCGCACAGGAUAAGUGAGAAAAACGUGAUUGAGAAGAACUUAAAGGAGUGCUUGCAAAUGUGUAAGGUCCAAGCAGAGAUACUCAUAAUUGACAAAGAUGAUGUGAUCGCUGGACUUGGGGAGGCAGUCAAAGACCAGAAGGUUACUACACUCGUUAUGGGUGUCAAAAGAAGAAAACAUGGCUGGAAGAGCAAGACAGCAGAUGCUUUGGAAAAACAAGCCGACUGUUUGUGCAAUAUUCUGUAUCUUCAUGAGGGAGUUCUCGUUGCCAGCAGGCAUCAGCACACAGAUAGGAAAAUUGGCAUGCCUUCUUUGGUAGGUUGCCACUUCUCAGGCAGUAAUAGUAACACCACGAAAUCCUCUUCUUUCUUCAACUCUCGAAGCACCGCCGACACCUUUGACACGGAGCAUCUUGAUGAUCCUUCCUUAGUGAUGAAUUCAACCUAUAUAUACCAUGAUUGUAGGUUCAACACUAUAAUUGGUCUCAAGUCAUUUGACACUUUUAAGGAGCUAGUAAAGCAGCAAAUUUUAGCUGAGCACUCAAGGGACUUGUACCAGGCAUUCAACAUCAAAUACUGUGAUAUCUUCACUGGGUGCCAGUUAAUUGGUGGCUUUGACUCACUCAUUGGAGUAGAUCCCCAACAUUUAGGGGAGGAACAUUGGAAAUCCAUCAAGAGCUGGCCUGCAGUGUUGGAGUAUAUUGUCAGUGUUCUCAAGACAUUGCAGAUGCAGCUCCUCAUGCAGAAUCAUCGUGCACGCAACGGAUUUACACAUGAUGACCUUUCAGAAGCAGUGAAAAAACCUAUUAAGCGUCUGUUCACUGUUGCUUCAAUUGUAUCUGACCAUGAGGUGCGGAAGUCACCAGAGAAGCUAUUCUGUGUACUGAACAUGCACACAGCACUCAUAGAUGCUGCCCCCACUCUCAGGAAAGUCUUCUCUACAAAAUCCAUCAGAGAUGUUCUUCAAGAACUGGAGGACUCUGUAAGGGGAAUACUUAAAGAACUUAAAGGCUUAAUUCAUACAUACAACUCACCAAAAGUAGUGCAGGAUGGAGAUAUCCUGCCGAUAUGUGGGUACCUCAUGAGAUACAUCAUGCUCCUAGUGAAGCAUAAAGGUUCACUUGAUAGGAUUCUAUCUCAUGAUUACACUGACAGUCUGUUGAAAGUUGAGGGAAUGAGUUUGACAAGUGGUCUAGUGUCUGGGCUCAUUACUGAUCUAGAAUCAGUAAUUGAUAAACAUUCAAAGCAAUGUGCUGCUUCUAAAGGACUCCAGUUCAUAUUCUUGAUGAACAACAUACAUUUCAUACUUCAAGAAGUCAAGCAAUCAGACGUACAGCUGACUGUAAAAGCCAAGUGGUUUGAGAAACGCCGAUCCUUGAUCAAGGGGUACAUAAAGAGUUACCUAUCUGCAUCAUGGGGACCUGUUACGUCCACCUUGGAGGUUGCAAAAAGCAUGCCUCCCACUAAAAAGGCAAGGAUAAACUUGCUCAACUUCUGGUACACGGCUCCGCCAAUGACUCCCUUGCAGAGUUUUGCUUCGUCUUUCAAUGAAGCUUGCAGUAGCCAGAUUUGCUUGAAGGUACCUAGUCCAACUCUUCGAGAUGAGCUUCGUGUAAAGAUCCUUGAGUUUGUUAGUCGAGCGUACCAUGGACACUUGGCAAGUCAGAGACAGUCUGCAGAACAAAAUGCGAGGGAAUUUGAAUCGGAGUGGAAAACCAAAAUUAGUGAAUUGUUUGAAGGAUGA